AUGAAGGGGUUGCCCUGCCCAUGCCCUGCCCUGCCCCAUUUGUGGUGGCUGGGGUCUUGCUUCAUGGCUGAGGGCUCGGGGACUCAGGCCCCGGGGAAAGGGCCCCGGCUCAGCAUCCAGCUCCUGAGAGCCCAGUACGAAGGCCUGCGUCGGCAGCAGAGGGCCCAGGCCCACCUGGUGGUGCUCCCGAAAGGAGGGUACGCGUCUGCUCCUGCAGAGUCCAUGGUCAGUGCUGUUUGGAUUAACAAGGAGAGAAGGUGUUCCCUGUCUCUGGAAGAGGCAGAUCCUGAAGCAGAGGUGAUGCUGGAGGAGGCUGACAGAGGCUGUCUUCAGGUCCCCGAAUCUCCAUGGCACAAGCACCUAGAGAUGCACCGCUGGGUCCAGACCUUCCAUCAGGAAACCGGUCUUCAAGUGAAACACAAGGGCAAGCUCAUGGGGUCCGAGCAAAGGCUCCCUCAGGAAGGAGACCCGGGCUCGUUUGAAAACAAUCAGAUGACUCAGCAAGGGACCAGCAUUCUGGAAACAGCCCGGCAUGAAUGUCAGGAGGACAAUGUCCAAACAAACGCAGCGGGAUCUGGCUUAAAUAUCGGCAUUCAGUGCCCUCCUUCCAUAAAGAACCCACACAGGUCUGAAAAACCAGCUCACUAUCCAUUUCCCCAGAGGAAAACUCCCAGGAUCUCUCAAGCUGCCAGGAACCUGGGCUUAUAUGGCCCAGCCUGAGGCUUUCUACUCAGCCAAAUGUCUCAACUUUGAAACUAUCGAUGACCUCAUCAAAGAACAUGGGAGGCAGAGCCACAGCUAGGGCCUCUAGCUAUGCACAAGAGCUAGACUAACUCAGUUG